AUGAAGAGCUUCCUCGAUCUCCCACCGGAAAUUCGCAAUACCAUCUACGAGUUUGCUGUGACUUGCGACAACGAUGAAGACUGCAGAAUCACAGCCUGUGCACCAUGGCCUAACGCUGCCGACCGCCCGAUACAAGAGCUUUGCAUGGAGCCGGCCCUCACCAGGACAUGUCGACAGAUCCGCCACGAAAGCCUGCCGAUGUUCUACAGCAUGAACACAUUCUGCAGCGACAGCAAUCAUUUCACGCUAAAGUGGCUACAGCACCUCCGACCUGAGAAGUACGUUGCGCUGACAUCGCUCCGUGUUGGCGACGAGCAUUUCGCACCGCUUAGCCUUACAUACGCCGAGGGGCAGUUCGCGUGGUUCACCCUAGAGAUGGGCAGCGAUGAUCUGCUACAGCGUGGAGUACUGAGAGUACCCAUGAGGGUAGAGGGCGAGGGGGUUCUUUGGGUGACAUUGGCGGAUCUGCUUUCGUUCGAGCGUGGGUUUGUGGAGUGGGUAUCUGAUACUGGCCGUCGCUUCACGACGUUGGGUGUCUUCCGCAAGCGGAGAUCCAACACGUAG